AUGGCGGACAGCGCGGCUCUUGCUGAAGAGCAGCUCAUCCGGGGACUUUUAGCGGUUACCUCAGGAGUUUGCAGGGUUUAAGGUGGAAUGCGGUGGUGUUAGCCUGAUGUAUUGUGCGAUUUCGAGCUUAAAGACUGUUUAAUUUGUUUUAUAAUUCAGGUUUUUGCACUGAGGCAUGGCUGUAGAUUGGCUCGGAUAUGUUUUCGCUGCACUCACAGCAGUAGGAGGCGUCUUUGGGUUUAUAAAAGCAGGCAGUAUCUCCUCAUUGGUAGGUGGACUCAUCUUUGGGCUUUUGUCAGCACUCGGCUCGUUCCAGGUGUCUCAGAAUCCGAAAAACUUCUGGCUUUCAUUUGGGACGCACGGAACGCUGGCAGCUGUGAUGGGAGUGAGAUUCCUGAGCUCAUGGAAACUCAUGCCAGCUGGGCUGAUGACAGCAGCAAGUUUAUUCAUGGUUUUGAGAUUAGGACUGGGAUUCCUGUGGCCACGCAAGAAAAACAACAUGGACUGAUGAAAUACGUUUUUUUUUUCUAUCGAGAACGUGUUUGUUUGCAAGGACUGAGAAAUGUGAUGAUAAAUUAUGCCAUUUUAUGAACAUUGUGGGGUUUUUUUUAAAGGGCUGAUGACACGAACAUGACUCUAUGCAAUUUCUUAAAUAAACUAUACAACAUGUUAGAUUUCUGUUAUAAUGACGUGAAAAGAAGCUGUUACGCGAAUAUCCAACUUUUAAUUGCACAGCGCAAGAAAACUGGGUCCGUGGCUCGCGGCCAUGCUGUGAUGUCAGCGGGAGAACACGCUGCGGUUCACUGGCUGUUCUACUCUGGUUCUACUCAAUGGAAAUGGCGCAUGAAAACGCCGGUGAACUCUCUAGUGCUAGCUCUUCCUCUUCUGGGAGUCUAGAAUUGUGUUGAUCUCUUCCGAAUAGAAUCUAUGAUAGCCUGCCCUCUUUACCCUUUGCCUCUCGUUGCUAGGCGGCAGUUACAUGAAAGCCGCAAGCUUUCACAAGCAAAUACAUGACUGAUAUCACGCCGACUUUAUGAUUACAUUUAUGAUUAUCAUGUAGAAUCUAUAGCUCUACGUACCUUUAUCUUAUGUCGUUUCACAACACAUGUUCUGACAGGAGGACUGUCUUUGGAUCCGGCAUAGCUACUAGUAGACCCCCUCCGGAAUACUGGCAGUGUUGCCAGAUUGGGAGGAAUCCCGCCCGGUUGGGCGGUUUCAAGUGCAUUUUGGUGGGUUUUGAACAUAUUUUGGGCUGGAAAACUUCAGCAGUAUCUGCAGCCCCGUCAAAUUUGCCCAAAUAGCCGCGUUUAUCAUCAUAACUUGUAAAAUAGGCGCCUUCGUGAAUUAAUAUAUGGAUCAUCGGGAAUUACUUUUUAUGUUAUAAAACAUCGCCAAAGAUGUCAAAAACGUGUCAUCAGCCCUUUAAAUGAUUUUUAAAACUAAUUACAAACUGAUUUGAUGCAGCUGAAUUUAUAAUAAUUUUGUAUUAAACCUAUCCUUUUUUUCUCUUUAUUCCUUUAUCAGUGAUUUUUCCACUGUUCAUUCCUGUAUUAUUUUACACGUUAAAUAAAAAUAGC